AUGAAAAAUGUCGCCUAUGUGGCAUUUUUAUCUAUCUAUACUCUUUUCGUGCUGUUGUUACGAGGCGGAUUUCCGUGUGAAGAGUCGGAAAUUCGUCAUCGAGACAGAAGCGUGGUCAUCAGGAUACUCCGUAGUGUUCGUAGUGAACUUAUUGAUUCAUCCGCAAAACUUCGAGAGGUGAAUGUGGUGUAUGAGGGCUUGACGAAGACGAUUCCUGAGAAACGUCGGUAUUCGUUCCAUUCAAGCAUCCAGUUUCUGUGUGCUAAUAUCGUGCUUCUAGAGUUAGAGCUCAGUUCGCUGCUUGAUGAGAUCGAGAGUGCGAAGCGAACACUACGAGAACUUCAGGAUAGGCGCAAUGUGCGUGUUUUCCUCCCGCAUAGCAUUCUUUAUCCAGACACUAGGAACGGGCAUAACAGAGUUCAUCUUACCCUUCAUUCUUCUCUUUCUUCAUUGAGUUUGGAAAGUUCUGUUGAUUACAGUUCCGUGUUCAGAUCUACUGACUACGGCUUGUUUCUUGGUGUACCUGAUCACAACGACUUUCUCUGGAAUGAACUGCCAUCGUUGUUGCCAUUUUCUCGAACAUACUUAGUGCUCAUCGUCAUUACUGCCGAAUUAGAAGAAUCUUUUCCAUUUCUGCCAGCUGAUCUCUCACGUCUAACCAUGUCGGCCUUAUCCGCGGGUGACCGGGUGCAAGUUCUAAACUGCUCUACUCAUUUUGAUUCGGAAUCAUGUUUUUCUCAACUAGAUAAGUAUAUGCGUGACUCCUCUUUUUGUGUUCUUCUUAAUUCAAAGGAUUUCUCUCGUUUGUUCUGGGAGUCAUUGCGCUUAGGCUGUAUUCCAGUAGUUACCUCUAUGGAUAUCGUACUACCAUUCCAAGGUAACCUUGAUUGGCGUCUUGCCUCAGUGCGCAUUGCUCUUGCCAGGUUUCCUGAACUGCAUUUCGUUCUUCGCUCAUUUGAUAUGCCCGAGGUGUUGGAAAUGCGACGAAUAGGACGUGUUUUCUUUGAACGCUACUUGUGUGAUCAGACAGUUGUUGUAAGAGCCCUGUUAGCAUCUUUGCGGGAAAGAUUAGGUUUACCAUCACCAGCAGAAGAUGUUGUUACCUACUCAUACCAAUACUGGAAUACUGUUGGUAUAUCUGGGAGGGCGCCCGAGUUUAUGGCAUAUUCCGUCGAUCCUCCUACUGAAUCUGAGUUUUAUCCCGAUUCCAACAUAGGUUUUCGACCCAUCGAACCUGGAUCUGGAAUAGAAUUCAGCAAAGCUCUUGGAGGUAACCGUGUGCGCGAGCAAUUUACUGUGGUGCUUCUUACGUAUAACCGAGAUUCCGUGUUAUCCGCGUCACUAGAGAGACUUCACCGACUUCCCUAUCUCAACAAAGUGAUAGUUAUUUGGAACAACGUUGCGAGAGAACCAUUAGGAGCAUGGCCACGACUGCAUGUUCCUGUAGAGUUCAUAAAAGUCUCAAACAACAGUUUGAACAAUCGCUUUGUACCUUGGGAUCGUAUACGAACUGAGGCAGUUCUUUCACUUGAUGACGACAUUGAUUUAAAGCAACAUGAAAUCGUGUUUGCCUUUCGAGUAUGGAGGGAGAAUCGCCAUCGGAUCGUCGGAUUUCCUGCGCGACAUCACGCUCGCUAUGGUGACCAGAUGUACUAUAACAGCAACCAUACGUGCCAACUAAGUAUUAUACUAACCGGAGCUGCUUUUUUGCACAAGUCCUACUUACAUGCGUACACUCAUCAAAUGCCCGAAGCAAUUCGGCGACACGUUGAUGAGGUGACGAAUUGCGAAGAUAUCGCAAUGAAUUUUCUCGUCGCUCAUAUCACACGAGAAGCUCCGAUCAAAACUACGAGCAAAUGGACGCUGAAGUGUCCGACGUGCUCGGAGAUGCUUUCGCAGGAUGAGUCUCAUUUCACUGAACGACACGACUGCAUUCGAUUCUUCACGAAGGUUUAUGGAUACAAUCCAUUGAAGUUCUCCCAGUUUCGUGCCGAUUCAGUUUUAUUCAAGACUCGUCUUCCACCAGACAAACAAAAAUGUUUUAGAUUUGUAUAG